GAGAACUUCUCUUUCGCUCUCUCUGCUUGCGUCGACGCGCCUCCACGCCGCCAUCUUUCUUCCGACCGCAAGCGAGAGCCCCUCCACCACCGCGAUGCCUUAUCUCCUCUCAUCUCAAUCUGUCCUCGCUGAGGAGACGAUGCUUGUGAAGGAGAAGAGUACGAUUUUUAAGAAGCGGAAGGCCGAUGAUGACGAGGAGGAGAGCAAUCCCGUAUCUGAUUCCACUAUGUCGAAGAGGCCGAAGAUGAUGGAGGAGGGCGAGGAAGCGGAUCUGGAUGAUCCGAAUGCCUUGUCCAAGUUUAGGAUCUCAAACGUCUUGAGACAGACCUUGAACUCGAACGGAAUAAAGGCUCUGUUUCCCAUCCAAGCCAUGACUUUUGAUCUCAUUCUCGAUGGGUUUGAUUUGGUCGGCCGAGCACGGACUGGUCAGGGUAAGACCUUGGCUUUUGUGCUGCCUAUGUUGGAGUCUUUGACAAAUGGAAUGCUCAAGACAUCAAGAAAGACUGGUUAUGGAAGGUCUCCUAGUGUUUUGGUACUUCUUCCAACCCGAGAACUUGCAAAACAGGUGCACUCAGACUUUGAGAUCUAUGGUCGAGCAGUGGGGUUAUCUUCAUGCUGUUUGUAUGGUGGAUCUCCUUUCCGUGCUCAAGUAAUGUCAAUAAGAGCGGGGGUUGAUAUUGUUGUUGGAACUCCAGGACGUGUAAAGGAUCACAUACAGAGAAAUACUCUUGACCUGAAAAAUUUAAAUUUCCGCGUGCUUGACGAAGCAGAUGAAAUGUUGAAAAUGGGUUUCGUGGAUGACGUGGAACUGAUUCUCCGUAAAGUUGAGGAUGCUAGCAAAGUUCAAACUCUCCUCUUUAGUGCUACCUUACCUGACUGGGUUAAGAAGAUAUCGGCAAGGUUUCUUAAGAAAGAUAAGAAAACAGCCGACCUAGUAGGCAAUCAAAAAAUGAAGGCUUCUGCCAGUGUUAGACAUCUUGUUCUUCCCUGUUCUCUUUCUGUCAGACAAAAACUUAUUCCACAUAUUAUCAAUUCCUAUAGCAGUGGUGGCCGAACUAUUGUUUUCACUGAGACAAAAAGAUCCGCAGCUGACCUUGGUCAAUUGUUACCUGGUGCACGGGCUCUGCAUGGAGACAUAUCUCAAGACAAGCGAGAAUUCAUACUAGCUGGAUUUAGAGCUGGCCGGUUUUUGGUUUUGGUUGCUACGAAUGUGGCUGCGCGGGGACUCGACAUCAAUGAUGUGCAGUUGGUUAUACAGUCUGAGCCCCCACGUGAUGUCGAAGAUUACAUCCAUCGUUCCGGGCGAACUGGAAGAGCUGGCAAUACCGGUGUUGCAAUUCUAUUAUAUGAACCAAAAGGCAAGUACCAUAUUUCUCGAAUCGAAAGAGACUCAGGUGUUAAGUUUGAGCAGAUCUCCGCACCUGAGUCUGCUGGUAUUAUUGAAUCCGCUGAAUCUCUAGCAGCCAAUGCUACCCCAAACUCUUUCGACAGAUUCUCCCAAGGUAGAGGUGGCAAUAGAUUCUCUGAUGGACGAGGUCGUAGAGGUGGUCGCGGAGGAGGCCGUGGUGGAGGCUUCGGCCGUGGAGGUAACAGAUUUAACUGGAGGAAGUGAAAUGCAUAAUUUUUAGGUUGAUAUCCCUUACCGUAGCUGUGGUUUGAGUUUGGAUUUUAUAGUGUUUCAAUGACUGAAGUCUGAUUUGGGGCUUUGUUGCUCCUCUAAUACGUAGUUGUAGCUAAAUUGCUAGAUGUAUUGAUUUAUGCAAGAAUUUAUUAUGAAACAGAAAAGUGAUUUAAUAGUUUUUGAUA